GCUGCCCGAGGCGGCGAGGAAGGUGCCAGCGCGGCCGGCCGAGCAGCACUGAGGGCCCCAUGGCGCCCUGGCUGCCCACGCUCAGCGURCUGGUGCCCCUGCUCGCCCUCACCGGCCUCCUCUACUCAGCCRCCACCGACGAGAACUUCCCCAAGGGCUGCACCAGCACCAGCAGCCUCUGCUUCUACAGCCUCCUCCUGCCCAUCACCAUCCCCGUCUACAUCUUCUUCCACCUCUGGACCUGGAUGGGCAUCAAGCUCUUCAGGCACAACUAGCUCCUGCUUCCCCCAGGGGCUCCUUUAACCUCACCCAGCUCUGCAGUCCCAGGAGGUGGCAGUCAUCGCCGCCAGGCUACCCGCACGUGACAUCCCCCCUAGCAAGCCCUUACCUACCGAGUGCCAAGGAACAUCUAGAGCAUUAAUUCUGUCUAGCAGGUCUGAGUGUUGGGUGGAUGAUAGCACUAGGUACCUACAGCUUUUAGGUGGUGGUGGUGGUUGCUGGAAAGCAUUGUGCUCUCCCCAAAACAACUCUACAUGUUCGUUUUUAACAGCAGGCAAACACAACCUGCAGUGAUGUGAACUCGUCUGUAAUACCAGCACAGGGUUUGUUUCUAUACCUUCAACUGGUGUGAAUGAAAUGCAUUAAAUUCCCUGCUGUAACAAUGUGUAAUAAACGA